UUUAUUUCGAAAGAAAGAACAUCUUCGUACCGGAAGUGGUGCCUGCUAGCUUGAUAGCACUUGAACGAACAGCUUGUGACCGCUGUCCCCUUUCCUCCAGGAGUCGCUCACCAUGGCGAAAAGCCUGUCUGACCUGCGGGACUUUGACAGCAUCGAGGAUGAGACGUUCCCCCCCCUGCCCCCCCCUCACUCCCCGGGCCACGGAGGACAAGACGCCGCGGAGCCCUUUGACGAAGGAGAGGAAGACGCCGAUGGGUCCAAGCUGGCUGACGUCCCUGCUUCUAAGAGACGAGGAGUAAAAAGGCCGCAGCUCAAGCUGGACUCUCAGAGGCUGACCUCAGAAAGAGGACUUCCGGCUCUACGAACCCUGUUUGAAAACGUCCGCUUCAAAGGCAAAGGCCACGAGGCUGAAGACCUGCGGCUGCUGAUGCAGAAGAUGGAGAACUGGGCUCACAGGUUGUACCCCAAACUGCAGUUUGAGGAUUUUGUGGACAAAGUAGAGAAGUUGGGCAACAAGAAGGAAGUGCAGACCUGUCUGAAACGUAUUCGACUGGACAUGCCGCUGACCCACGAAGACUUCAUGGGGGGUGAAGCAGCAGCAGAUCCAGAGUCUCACCUUCUGGGAGAUCCGGAUCCGUUCAACAGCUCCAGCUUCACCAACCUGUCGGCUCCGGUCCACUCCACUCCGGCUCCGCCCCCCACACAGGCUCCGCCCACGCUGACGGAGGAGCAGCGUGAACGCAUGGAGCAGAACCGGCGGCGGGCCCUGGAGAGGAGGCUGACCCGCCAGCAGCAGCCGUCCGACCCGUCUGCAGAUGAACCCGUCUCCUCUGCUGAAGUCCACAGUCCUGUGGGUCGGGAUAAGGGGGGGGAGCCUGCGGGGGGGGAGCCUGCCAGCAGCGCGCAGCAACAGGAGGAAGUAGAAGAAGAGCCCAGCCAGCUCCCCCCCACAGAGUCAGAGCCUCCUGCCGGACCCCCCCACAGCGAGAGGGAGGAAGAACCCGUCCUCAGCGAGGACCGUGAAGACGGAGACUAACGCUGCGGGUUCGGAGCCCAGUUUUAUUAUGUUCUGAAAACUAAAAGCAAAUAUAAUUUGUACGUCACAUUUUAUUAUCUGUAAUAAGAAUGUCUUUAUGCUGAUGAUCAAUAAAAGUUCACCUUUUAUUAAUAAACAUAUUGG